CAUUGAAAUAAAUGACAUAGAGAAAGACAUAUGGAACAAAGGAACAAUGUGACUGAGUUUGUCCUUGUGGGGCUCAUUCAGAACCCCCAGGGACAGAAAAUAUUAUUUGUUGUGUUCUUGCUCGUCUACAUUGUGACUAUGGUAGGCAAUACACUCAUCGUUGUGACUGUGGUGGCCAGCCCAACUUUGGAUGCCCCUAUGUACUUCUUCCUUGGCUACUUAUCAUUUAUGGAUGCUGUUUAUUCUACUACAGUUACCCCAAAUAUGAUUAUAGACUUACUCUAUGAGAAGAAAACCAUUUUGUUCCAAGCUUGCAUGACCCAGCUUUUUAUAGGACACUUAUUUGGUGGUGCUGAGAUUUUACUCCUGGUUGUCAUGGCCUAUGACCGCUAUGUGGCCAUUUGCAAACCCCUGCAUUAUUUGACCAUCAUGAACCAAAGGGUGUGCAUUCUACUGCUGUUGUUGGCCUGGGUUGGAGGUUUCUUACAUGCUGUUGUUCAACUUCUUUUUGUCUACAACCUUCCCUUCUGUGGCCCCAAUGUCAUUGACCAUUUCAUCUGUGACAUGUACCCUUUAUUAAAACUUGCUUGCACUGACACCUACGUUAUUGGCCUCACUGUGGUUGCCAAUGAUGGGGCAAUCUGUGUGGUCAUUUUUAUGCUCUUACUCAUUUCCUAUGGGGUCAUUCUGCAUUCCCUGAAGAAACUUAGUCAGGAAGGGAGGCGCAAAGCCUUAUCUACCUGUGGUUCCCACAUCACUGUGGUGAUCCUCUUCUUUGUCCCUUGUAUUUUCAUGUAUCUGAGACCCCCUUUGACCUUACCCAUUGAUAAAUCCUUGACUGUGUUUUACACUGUUAUCACCCCUAUGUUGAACCCUCUAAUCUACACUUUAAGAAAUGCAGAGAUGAAAAAUGCUAUGAAGAAGCUCUGCACCAGAAAAAGAAAAUGAAGUGACAGACAAAUGUAUCAUCUAUUUUCAGUGAAGAGUUGCUCCCUCCAGGAAAGCCAUGUGUGAUUAUUCAAUUGUAGCAAAAUUUUGCUCAGGCGUAAUAACUUGUAUGCAGUGAAAAUCAUUUAUUAUGUGAAUACUUGCAAUGAUCAAAAUAUAUUUGGAAGAUUUUCAUAAUUUAUUAGGAAAAUAUAUGUUUACUCUUUGUCUGCAGAAUGGCUCUUGAGAUGAUAGAUUUAUGUGUUAUUAAUACUGUAAAUUUAUUUUAGUUUAUGAAAGGCUUUCUCAUGUUUGUCUUUUAAGUAAAGUUAAUCCUUCUUCAGAAUUAAUAAUGCUCAUUAGAGAUUUCAGAAAAAUGAAUUAAGAAAUAAGACAUAAAGGGCCGGGUGUGGUGGUGCUUGGUAUAAUCCAAGCACUUUGGAGGCCAAGGUGGGUGGAUCACCUGAGGUCGGGAGUUCAAGACCAGCCUGAUCAACAUGGUGAAACCCCAUCUUUAUAAUAAAAAAAAAAAAAGACAUAAACACUUUGUUUAGUCCUCCCCACAGAAAUACAGAACACAUUAAUAUUUGAAGUGUAUAUUUUAUUUUGUAUUUUAAAAUACUUUACAUAUAUAAUUUUAUUCAUCGUUUUUAGCAUAUUAAGGUUGAAGAGGAAUAAUGCUAAUCAUAAGGAGACUGAGUAUACAAAAAGAAUCUGAAUGAAGAAGGGAGACAUGCAGAAAAAUAACUCAAUCUUACUUAUUUUUCCAAAUGAGAAGUCAUAUUAAGUCCUCAGGUGAAGCAGCUUGAUUUGGUGCCAUGUUUUUAUAAAGAUGAUCCAUUAAUCUCCUCGGUGUGUGAUGCUCCCCUCCCUGUGUCCAUGUGUUCUCAUUGUUCAACACCCGCCUAUGAGUGAGAACAUGCGGUGUUUGAUUUUCUGUUCUUGUGUUAGUUUGCUGAGAAUGAUGGUUUCCAGGUUCAUCCAUGUCCCUACAAAGGACACGAACUCAUCAUUUUUUAUGGCCGCAUAGUAUUCCAUGGUGUAUAAGUCAUUUUUCCUGUCCGGUGUAUCAUCAAUGGACAUUUGAGUUGGUUCCAAGUUUUGCUAUUGUAAACAGUGCUGCAAUGAACAUUUGUGUGCAUAUGUCCUAUAAUAGAACAAUUUAUAAUCUCAUGGCCUUCUAAAAAAGAGCCAGGCUCUAUUUUUCAUAGGUAAAAAUAGCAUCAUCUAUAAUUUGUGAGCUUUAAAAAUGCACUGCAGAGCUUGUUAGCAAUAUUUUGGAAUACUUCACUGUCAAGAAAGAUAGGCAGGUGUGGUGGUGCUUGUCUUGGUUCCAUCUCCACAGGAGGCUGAGGUGGGAGGAUCUCUUGAGCCUGGGAGGUCAAGACUGAAGUGAGCCAUGAUCAUGCUACUGCACUCUAACCUGGGUGACAGAGCAAGUCUUAUUUAAAAAAAAAAAAAAAAAGAAAAAGAAAUGAAAAGAAAGAUGCUGGCAAUAUAUGAUGCUUCUAUUCUUACUUUCUUUAUUGAUAGAAUCCAGAUUAUUAGGUAAUAAAAGGACCAAAACAUAUUGUUUCAUUGGAAAGAAACUUCAUUUAUAAAAUCUUUGUGAAAAUUUCUUUUGAAUCAGGCUUGAAAUAAAAUUUUAUCUGCUCCUGACUACAGAUAGAAAACAUGUAGUCAAAGAAACUUAUUGUUCCUGCUUCUCCUGCAUAGUCUAGAUUCACAAGGGACGAAGGCUAGGGAAAAAAAUAAGUCAGUUUCACUGGUAAACCAUACUAUAUGAGUUCAUUUUGUAUUAUUUAUUUUUAUCUGUAUUAUUAUUACAUGGAGAUUUCUUAUCUCAUCCAAGCUUUUCCAAAGCAUAGCACUAUUCUCCAAAUAAUUUCAAGCAUUUGGUGGUACCAGAGUUUACAUACCUAGGUCCUGCAUUUUUUGACAUGUAUUUAAUUUUCAAAUUUGUAUGGUUCUAUUGAGAGAUGAAAUAAAAAAAUUGUGGUUAAUUGUCUGCUUAUGUUUAUUGGUCUGAAAGUUUCCUGAAGUCAGGGAAAGUUAUUUCUCUUUGUGCUCCCUGUUCCUUGCACAGUGGCUGGCACAUAGAACCCACUACAUAAACUUUGUCAAUUAUUAUUUGUAUCCUUGAAUUCUUAAUCUAUUGGAG